CGUUCAGCCAAUCACGUUCAUCCCGCUGCAACACGACACUCUCGCGUGGAUUGGCCCGGCUGUCAUGGCUGCUGCGCGGAAGCUCCAGAGGUGUGCGGUGUCUCCGACGGGGAAACACACCGCGUCGGUCGUCUUCCUGCACGGCUCAGGUGACACUGGACAGGGACUAAGAGCCUGGGUUCGAGAUGUUAUGGCACCAGAUCUGGCAUUCUCCCAUAUCAGAGUUAUUUAUCCCACGGCUCCAGCCAGGCCAUACACACCCAUGCGAGGGGCGCUGUCCACCGUCUGGUUCGACCGUUACAAGAUCUCGCGGGACUGUCCAGAGCAUCUGGAGUCUAUAGAUGCCAUGUGCAACACCUUAGGCUCCAUCAUUCAGGAUGAGGUCAACGCUGGAGUUCCCAAACACAGGAUGAUCAUUGGGGGUUUCUCCAUGGGCGGAGCCAUGGCUCUUCAUCUUGCAUGUCGGCACCAUCCUGACAUAGCCGGAGUUUUUGCUCUGUCCAGCUUCCUCAACAGAGACUCUAUCGCUUUUCAGGCGGUGGAGGAGAGGGUAAGAGCAGGAAAUUCCCUUCCUGAGUUAUUCCAGUGCCACGGGACCAGUGAUGAACUGGUGCUCCACCAAUGGGGAGAGGACACGGCAGUGCUGCUGAAGCAGGCUGGCAUGGACACCACCUUCCACUCCUUCCCUGGGCUUUACCACCAGCUUUCCCAACCUGAGAUGGAGCUGCUGCGAACGUGGAUCCUCACCAAGCUUCCCCCUACCACCACCUCCUGACACACUCUACCUCGCUUCACUCAAAACCUCAACUGAUUUUGUCAAUAAACAUAUCUUUGUCUUA